AUGAGAGGGGGGCGGCGGCGGUGGGCAGAGAGAGAGGGGGGCGGCGGGGGUGGGCAGAGGGAGAGGGGGGCGGCGGGGGUGGGCAGAGAGAGAGGGGGGCGGCGGGAGUGGGCAGAGAGAGAGGGUGGCGGCGGGGGUGGGCAGAGAGAGAGGGUGGCGGCGGGAGUGGGCAGAGAGAGAGGGUGGCGGCGGGGGUGGGCAGAGAGAGAGGGUGGCGGCGGGGGUGGGCAGAGAGAGAGGGUGGCGGCGGGAGUGGGCAGAGAGAGAGGGUGGCGACGGGAGUGGGCAGAGAGAGAGGGUGGCGACGAGGGUGGGCAGAGAGAGAGGGUGGCGGCGGGGGUGGGCAGAGAGAGAGGGUGGCGAUGGGGGUGGGCAGAGAGAGAGGGUGGCGACGGGGGUGGGCAGAGAGAGAGGGUGGCGACGGGGGUGGGCAGAGAGAGAGGGUGGCGACGGGGGUGGGCAGAGAGAGAGGGUGGCGACGGGGGUGGGCAGAGAGAGGGUGGCGACGGGGGUGGGCAGAGAGAGGGUGGCGACGGGGGUGGGCAGAGAGAGGGUGGCGACGGGGGUGGGCAGAGAGAGGGUGGCGACGGGGGUGGGCAGAGAGAGGGUGGCGGCGGGGGUGGGCAGAGAGAGGGUGGCGGCGGGGGUGGGCAGAGAGAGGGUGGCGACGGGGGUGGGCAGAGAGAGGGUGGCGACGGGGGUGGGCAGAGAGAGGGUGGCGACGGGGGUGGGCAGAGAGAGGGUGGCGACGGGGGUGGGCAGAGAGAGGGUGGCGACGGGGGUGGGCAGAGAGAGGGUGGCGACGGGGGUGGGCAGAGAGAGGGUGGCGACGGGGGUGGGCAGAGAGAGGGUGGCGACGGGGGUGGGCAGAGAGAGGGUGGCGACGGGGGUGGGCAGAGAGAGGGUGGCGACGGGGGUGGGCAGAGAGAGGGUGGCGACGGGGGUGGGCAGAGAGAGGGUGGCGACGGGGCUCCUGUUGAAGGAGUAAAAAUUAAUCGAGAACCAGAUAAUAUUUUGCUCCAACAAUGGGAGAGACAUCCUGCCAUUGUUCAAGAAUAUGCUUGUCCAGUUGUGCCUGAUUUUGAAGCUGUUAUGAUAUGUUGA